AUGGACAAGGAAGUUCUCCCAAAGGGCCCUAGCAACCGUCCUUGCCUUUUGAUCCUUCAUUGGUACUGCUACCGCGAACUUCGUGAAAUGGUCAGUGAUGACCAAAAUGUUGUCAUGGCUAUCAGGUUCGAGGGACAGGUAGUCCAUGCAGACCAACUCCAAUGGAUCCAGGAGGGUCAGGAGCUGAAUGGGAUGCUAAUCCACAAGGUUUUUAAAACCAAAGCCCUGUAUACUGACUCAGAGGAGGAAAGUGAACAUUCUACCACUGACAGAUCAACUGCUAAGGACAGUGAUGAGGAUUGUUGUGAAAUCCUGCAAAUAUUUGCAGGCAUGAGCAGCCGUGUCACCACCAGGGCAGCCUCAAGAGCAAUGACAAAUAAUGAUCCCUGUACUGGCAGUAUUGAUGGUGAAGGCAAUCCUGGCACUGGCACUGGUAUUGAUGAUGAUGAUUAUAAUGAUCACGCCACCAACCACCCAGCUACCAGUGCUGUUAAAAGGAUUACAUCAGUAGUGGAAGGAGUGGAUGGUGGCCCUGGCACAAGCAGUCAAGAUGGAGGCUGCCUUCCAAGGAGUGAUGGCAACCAUGGGACUAGCGGCCAUGAUGACUACUCAUCAUAUUUAACACUUGCGUCAACUCUUCCUGACGACUCCUCAGAUGACGAGGAAUUAAACAAGGCCAUUAUUGCCAGUAUGGAGUUGCAGAAAAGGUCCCGAGUCAGGAGAUAUCUGCUGGAACUCUCAAGCAAAAUGAUUACAAAACAACAGUGCAGGUUCAAUAUAAAUCGCUGUGUCUGGGAAGGAGCCAUGCGGGGUUUCCAAAGGGUAUCCUAUGAACCCAACUUGAUGAUUUCUGUAAAGUUCUCAGAUGACAUGGGGAGAAAUGAGGAAGGGAUUGAUUUAGGAGGGCCAAGGAGGGAAUUCUUGAGGCUGCUGAUAGAGACCAUUGCCAGAUCCCCCAUGUUUGAGGGAAAAGAAAACAGCAAGAACUUCGCUCUUGACAGUACUGCUCUAAGAGAGGACCGGUACUACAACGCUGGCAGAGCCAUUGCAGUUAGUUUGGUGCAUGGUGGUCCACCACCAAACUUCCUGUCACUAACAGUGUUUUUGCUUCUUGUUGAUGGUUCAGCAAAUCCAGCUGUAGAAGACAUAGUAGCUGACCCAGAACUCCUUGAGAAAGUCAAAAAGGUCAGUUGUACCACGGUUGAGGAGCUUGAGGAGUCAAAGGCACCUCUACUUGAGUACCUGGCUAAUGCAGGAUGUCUAAGGCCUGUGCAGUCAAUCAGGGACAGGGAGCUGCUAGUACAGGACAUAGUGAUGUUUCAGGUUGUCCACAGGGUCCAAGGUCAAUUUCAAAGAUUCUGUGAAGGUCUGAAGACUCUUGGGGUUCUUGAAGAAAUCAGGAGACAUCCUGACAGCUUUAAACCCCUGUUUUGCUAUGAGGCAAGUCUUCUCACUGCUGACCAGAUGGACAAUCUCUUCAGCGUUCGACUCUCUCCAGAAGGGAGCAACAAGAGAACUGCAGAAGAAAUGGUUGUAAUCUUCUGGAGAGACUAUCUCCAGGAUGCAGAAGGAGCAUCUGUGGUGCCACCCAUCGGCUUUUCCCCAACACCUUCUGCGGAGUUCAUUCACAAGGGAGAGGACGACUAUGCCUCUACACCAUUGUUCCCUAUGGCCAACACAUGUGUCAACUGCAUCAGGUUGCCGCUACAUCUGUCAUACGAAGUCUUUAAAGACAAGUUUGACUUUGCUUUAGGGAAUACUCAUGGGUUUGGCAGGUCAUGA